GAAGAUGAGUGGAAGAGGCAAAGGAGGAAAAGGACUCGGUAAAGGAGGCGCUAAGCGUCACCGUAAAGUCCUCCGUGAUAACAUCCAGGGAAUCACCAAGCCCGCUAUCCGCCGUCUGGCUCGCCGCGGUGGAGUGAAGCGUAUCUCCGGUCUGAUCUACGAGGAGACCCGCGGAGUGCUGAAGGUGUUCCUGGAGAACGUGAUCCGUGAUGCCGUCACCUACACCGAGCACGCCAAGAGGAAGACGGUGACCGCCAUGGAUGUGGUGUAUGCUCUGAAGAGACAGGGACGCACCCUCUACGGAUUCGGGGCCACCGUCAAAGCGCCCAAGAAGGGCUCCAAGAAAGCCGUCAAUAAGACCGUGACCAAGACCGGCAAGAAGAGACGCAAGUCCAGGAAGGAGAGCUACGCCAUCUACGUGUACAAGGUGAUGAAGCAGGUCCACCCCGAUACCGGCAUCUCCUCCAAGGCCAUGGGCAUCAUGAACUGCUUCGUGGCCGACAUUUUUGAGCGCAUCGCCUGUGAGGCCGCUCGUCUGGCUCACUACAACAAGCGCUCCACCAUCACUUCCAGGGAGAUCCAGACCGCUGUCCGCCUGCUGCUGCCCGGCGAGCUGGCGAAGCACGCGGUGUCUGAGGGAACCAAGGCCGUGACCAAGUACACCAGCUCCAAGACUCUCUCACAGCUCCUCCAGCCACCGGCUGAUUCGUCUCUGGUGUGUGAAGGAGAGGAACUGCAAGUCCUUCCUGCUGUUGUCAACCUGCAAAAUUUGACAGUGAAGAUGAGCGGAAGAGGCAAAGGAGGAAAAGGACUCGGUAAAGGAGGCGCUAAGCGUCACCGUAAAGUCCUCCGUGAUAACAUCCAGGGAAUUACCAAGCCCGCUAUCCGCCGUCUGGCUCGCCGCGGUGGAGUGAAGCGUAUCUCCGGUCUGAUCUACGAGGAGACCCGCGGAGUGCUGAAGGUGUUCCUGGAGAACGUGAUCCGUGAUGCCGUCACCUACACCGAGCACGCCAAGAGGAAGACGGUGACCGCCAUGGAUGUGGUGUACGCUCUGAAGAGACAGGGACGCACCCUCUACGGAUUCGGGGGUUAAACUCUGACUGGCAACCCAAAACCAAAGGUCCUUUUAAGGGCCACUCA